AUGGAGCUCCAAAAUCUCUGGGCCGGGGAUCUGGACAAGUUCAUCGAAGACCGACUCCUGCCGGACACACAGUUCCGGACGGAGGUCAGAAAAGCCAUUAACAUCAUCUGCAGUUUUCUGAAGGAGAGGUGUUUCAGCCGAGGUGACAGCCGGGUGUCAAAGGUUGUAAAGGGUGGCUCCUCCGGCAAAGGCACUACACUCAAAAGCCGGUCUGACGCUGAUCUCGUCGUCUUCAUAAGCUCCCUCAAAAGUUUUCAGGAGCAGUACAAUUGCCGAAAAGAGUUCAUCGAGGAAAUAAAAACACAGCUAGAGGCCUGUCGAAGGGAGGGAAAGCUUACCGUGAAGUUUGAGGUCCAGGAUCAUGUGUGGGAGAACCCACGCGCACUCGGCUUCACGCUCGGGAACUGCCUCCCGGAGCUGGUAGAGUUCGAUGUCCUGCCGGCCUUUGAUAUCCUGGGUCAGGUGACAGUGACGGAACACUACAGACCUGACCCCAGCGUCUACGUGAAGCUCAUCGAAGCGUGCAAGAGCCUGGGGGUGGAGGGCGAGUUCUCUUCGUGCUUCACAGAGCUGCAGCGAGCCUUCCUGAAAGAGCGUCCGGCCAAGCUCAAGAGCCUGGUCCGCCUGGUCAAGCACUGGUACCAGAAGUGUAAGGAGAAGCUUGGGCAGCCCCUGCCUCCUCAGUACGCCCUGGAGCUCCUGACCGUCCACGCGUGGGAGCGCGCAGGAAGGAAGACGGACUUCGUCACAGCUCAGGGGUUCCACACCGUCUUGACAUUGGUCACCAACUACCAGAAGCUUUGCAUCUACUGGACAAAGUAUUACGACCUUGCACAUCCUGUGAUUGGUCCGUACGUGAAGAGGCAGCUCCAGAAACCCAGGCCUGUGAUUCUGGACCCAGCGGACCCUACAGGAAACGUCGGCGGAGAGCCUGGGCGCUGGGAUAGGCUGGCGAGAGAGGCUAGACUCUGGAUGACUUACAAGUGCUUUAAGAAUAGGCAUUGCUCUCCAGUGGGCUCCUGGGACAUAGAGAUCUAAGGAGGCCGAGAAGGUGACCGGAUAACGUGCUCUCAAGACCUGUCAGCCCUCUGAUUAGGGACAGCGCCCUGGAUCCUG